CAACAGACCAUCUCCCCUCAGCACAAACACCCCCAGGACCCCCAGCCACCUUACUCCCUCCCCCGUCGUACCCAACUUCCCCUUCUCCCACCACAGCACCCCGAUGAAGCGGCCCCUCCCCCCAGACUCCCACGCCAGCUCCAGUGGCUAUCCAGAACGCAAAUUCAGCACAGACAGCACCAGCCACAUCGAUCACACCCAGCCCCAGCCUCAGAAAAAGAAGAGAGUCAGCCUGAGCUGUGCCCAGUGUGCCAAACGAAAGCAAAAGUGUAAUCGAGAGUUUCCCUGUCAACACUGUACGUACUCUGGCCUUGCGAGGAAAGUGCCUGAGCUUUGCGUCCCCUACAAUCCGCAAGCAAACAGCAACAACAGCUCCGGCCCCGAUUCCCAGACGCUGGCCCGCCUAGAAAGCAUAGAAUCAGUGCUUUCUGUUGUAGUGCGACAUACCAGUGGGAUAACCCACUAUGAGGCAGUGAGAGACUGGAUUACUUCACCACCAUUCCAAAAGCAUCUUCAAUCAGCCCCUUCGACACCCGCAUCUCCCCAUAAUCUUAUGACACCACAGGCCAGCGUUCCGGGGCCAUCACGCCCUAUGACUGCGUACCAGCCUGACGCCCAGGAUCCUAAUUCGCUCGAACGCGGCGCGAGCUCGGAUGAUGAUGGCCUGGCACGAGUCGGCAAAGGAUGGCUUGGAGAGAUUGAUGGCGGUCUACCAGAAAACAUGGAUACGGACGAAAAAGUCAAGAUGAAGCUCGACAUCCAUGGCACGCCCGCCGAGAACCUCCAGCGUCUUAUAACCGACUGCGGUGUCAGCCCUCAUAAAAUUGCAGAGCUUGUCCAAGAACUUCCUCCCAAGCCAUUUGCAGACAAGAUAAUCGACUGGUUCUUUGAAAAGCUCAAUUUUAUUCGGUACCCUAUCGACGAACGUCUCUUCAGAGCGUCAUAUGAUGAUUUGUACAACAAGGCGACGGCUUUGGACCCGUCGAAUGUGAGGGCUCUGCCGUUGGUGUUUAUCGUGCUGGCCUUGGCGGUCAGACAGGCGCCGGAUAAAUGGGCAGGGGAUGAACAGACCAGACGCCUUUCAAGUUUGCGGAUGUACUGGAGUUCGCGUCGAAGUAUCCUCAUCGCGACCGCUGUUCAAUCUGAAAGUCUAGAACUCGUCGUCAGCCGGCUUUUGAGUGCCAUGUACCUCGUACUCAUCCACGACAGACGUCUCACCGAGUGCUGGUCACAGCUAGGGGCCUCACUACGUACCGCUCAAGCAAUAGGUCUCCAUCGCGAUGGUUCAAAGCUUGGUCUUGACCCUUACCAAACAGAGUACCGCAGACGACUUUGGAGCUAUUUGUAUCACGCGGACAAGCAGUACAGUUUGGUUCUAGGAAGACCACCCAGUAUAUCUGACAGUUAUACCGACACCCAGGCCCCAUCCAACAUCGAUCUCACCGAAUACAACCCCGCCCUCGGUCUACCACCUGCCAAACCCUUCCACGAGCCCACCCCCGCCCUCUUCCUCAUCCUCCGCCGCAAGCUCGCUGUCAUCGUGGGCAGAAUAGUACACCAUUUCCAGAAACUAAAUGAACCGGCGCAAUACUCGGACGUGGAAAAGCUGCAGCAAGAGCUUGAUCUUUUUGUGGAGCAGCUGCCGCCGCAUUUCAGGAUGCAUGAUCCCGACAAGGCGUUGGAUAAAGUCCAUUUCUGGCUCCCGGUACAUCGAUUUAUGCUUCUGACAGAAGUGCUCGUCACCACCAUCAUCCUUCACCGACCUUGGCUCUUGCGAAAGCUCUCAAGUAACCGAUAUGCCGCUUCUAGAACGGCAUGCUUCGAAGCUGCCAAGCUUGAUUUCCAGAUACGUCAGGAUUUCCAGCGUGAAGUCCCCGAUUUCAAGCUUUUCGCCAUUACUGGCAACUUUAGAAUGUUUAACAGUGCCAUGAUUGCCGGUAUCAGCGCCAUCAUUGACCCUCGAGGACCCGAUUCCGAUCAGAUGAGAAAAAUCCUGACUACAUUUUUGGAAGAGAACCCCUGGCAUGAGGUCGCCAGCAAGGAUGCGACCACGAGAAAGGAGGUGCAGAUUAUCCAAACUCUGUCGCGGCGGGCUGCCAAGAUUUUUGAAGAUUCGUUUGGACCCGGUGAACCGGCGACGCACGACAAAGACAGCGCUGCUCUUCUGCUCGCGCUCCGUCAGAGCAAUGACUCUUCUACCCAUUCUAAUGCUUACCCCAAGGGUGUCCAGCCAGAAGAUGCUCCCACGCCGGGUGGACCUGGUAUCGGUCACAACAAGAUGAUGUACCCUCCGCGACACUGGGGGCAGACACCAAAUGUUGCGUUUGCGCCUGUCCACCACGGGGGUAUCAACCAAAGCCCCGCCUCCACCGGAAGUCACGAGGACGAUCAUUCACAAAAACUACUCGACCAUUGGAUCAACGCCAACACCUCUAUGGCAGUCGGCGGCUCAUCGUUCAAUGGCGGCCCCAUUCCGACGCUCGACAAUUCCGGGAUGGGCUACUUGCCUAUGCCAGCCAUGGCGGGCGGCAUGACACCCCUCGGCCUGCCCAAUGGGCCAGGCUUGACGCCGAACCCUGCCUUGUCAGCGUACGGCGGCGGUCCAUCUUCUAGCUUCAUGGAAGAGGGUGGCGGCAACUUCAUGGGCCACACGUCUGGCGAGUACUCUUACCCCAACCAAUUUGGUCUCUUGGCAGUGGAGGGAGGCUCGGGUCAGCCGAGUGGGCGACGCAGUACCGAGCCGGGUGCUGAAAACAGCGACGAAUAUUGGAACGCUCUCAUUGAUGGUAUGUCACCGUUUGUCGUGUUUGGCUAG